AUGGGGUUAUUUGGCGACCUCUCCCCUGGAGGCACCAUUUCUAUUGGUAUUAUAGUUGGUUUAAUCUCUACGAGCGUCCAGUCCCUCGGCCUCACUCUACAACGAAAAUCGCAUAUGCUCGAAGAUGAAAAGUAUCCCCUCGAAUUUCAGAGACCGGCAUACCGAAGGCGAAGAUGGCAGCUAGGAAUGGGCAUGUUUAUUAUAUCCAAUAUAUUCGGUAGCACGAUUCAGAUUUCGACUCUCCCUCUACCGGUUCUUUCAACUUUACAAGCCGCCGGCUUAGUAUUCAAUUCCGUAUGCGCGACAUUGAUAUUAGGUGAACCCUUCACGCGAUGGUCCUUCUACGGAACCGCAUUGGUCACCGCUGGAGCGGCCUUGAUCGCGAUCUUUGGCGCCAUACCCUCCCCGGCGCACAGUCUGCCAGAGCUACUGGAAUUACUCGGCAGAUGGCAAUUUAUUGUCUGGAUGUCACUUCAAGCGGUGCUGGUUAUCUCAAUGGCCGUAGUCAUCGAGCUGGUCAACCAUCUUAGUAGUGCGUCGCAGAAUGCCAAGUUCCGGCUUGCCCGUGGUCUCGUUUUCGGGUGCAUCAGCGGUGUUCUGUCAGCCCACUCUCUAUUAUUCGCGAAAUCUGCCGUUGAGCUCGUUAUUAGGACGAUUGCCGAUGGCGAUAACCAAUUUGGCCAUUGGGAAUCGUGGAUGCUCGUUAUUGGACUCGUCACCCUGGCAUUAAGCCAACUAUAUUACCUUCAUCGCGGAUUGAAAUUGGUGUCUACUUCCGUAUUAUACCCCCUUGUAUUUUGCAUUUACAACAUUAUCGCCAUUUUGGAUGGCUUGAUAUACUUCGAUCAGACGAAUCUCAUUACACCUUUGCACGGCGGGCUCAUUGCAUUAGGAACCGUUAUACUACUUUCUGGCGUUUUGGCACUCUCAUGGCGUCUCAGCGACGAGCAGCACCCACCGGCCGUUGGACAGUCGUCUUUGACGCCUGGGUUAGGAUUGGUGGAUGAUACAGAAGGAGAGGAUUCAUCUCCUACAGAUUCCGACUCCAUUGCCGCAGUCGAUGAAGCAGUACCAGCCACAUACAAUACCUUUGGACCAAUCGGAGAGACGACCCCUCUUACGCCAGGCCGUAAACCCUCAAGUCGUUGGCACGAGCGCGCAGAAAUAUGGGACGAACUAGAAGACCAAGAUACCCCUAGACCAUCCUUUAAUAGAAAUAGGUCAAGCACAUUACCAGAGAGUGCAGUCAGUGAGAAUACACCACUGAUAGGAGCACUAAGAGUCAUGCCGGGAGAAUCAACAGCUUCGUUGAGCGCUGCUGAAGCUGGUGAGGGAUCGCCAAGGAAGAUAUUUAGGCGUAGGAGGAAAUCAACCGGGUUCCCAGGCUUCACGGCGCGCAAGCACGUACGGCGGAAGAGUUCAGGUGGUGGUGGUAGCGGCGCCGGCGGCAGCGGAAGUGGUGGUGGAGUGCAUGAUGCCCUAGGAGGGAUCUUGAAGCUGAGGUGGUGGCGUAGCAAGCAGGAUAAUCACUCUGGCGAUGUUGCGGUAGCAAGCCCGACGGGCAACCGAAGUGGAAGAACAUUAUCUUGGGGCGGGCAAUACUAUGACGACGAACCUGAGGAAGGCGGCGCGAGGAGGGAUCCUAAUCAACACCCGCGCUCACGGAGUCCGAGGGGUGCCGAUGCUGUUUAA